AUGAUCAAGGACGAUGGAACGGUCAUUCAUUUCAACAAUCCAAAAGUUCAAGCAUCUGUUCCUGCAAAUACGUUUUCGAUCACUGGAGCUGGAGAAAACAAACAGAUUACUGAUAUGCUUCCUGGAAUACUUAAUCAACUUGGACCAGAGUCGCUCACACAUCUUAAGAAAUUGGCCAAUAAUGUCACAAGUCAGUUCAAGCCUGCACCUGCUGAUGACGAUGUUCCAGGGUAUAGUUUUCCGGCAUUCAUGCAAAUUUGGCUGAAGUUGGAUAAUGGUGUUGGAGCCAUCAAAUUCUUCAUCAAAACUGAUGAUUGUUAG